UUGGAAAUAUUCUUAUCGUAUCCACAGGUUUUAGGGCGGCAUGGCGAUGGCAAUAGGAGUGUUGCGGCUCGCAAGCCCAGUGCUGCCCCAGCAGCAGUCGAUAGCUGUGGUGCCCAUGGCUCACACUGGCCGGAAAACCAGGAAGGGCGCCAAGAUAAUGAAGUCGAUCUACUCGCCUGCUGGCUUUAACAUCCGGCGCAUCCGACUGCGAAAGAAAUGGAGCGAAAAUCCCCCUCCCACCGACGCCCCCGCGUCGCCGAAAUCGCCCAGGCCUUCGCCCAAGUCCGCCCGGGCCAGCCCAGACAAAUCAGAGACAGCAGUCGCGACCCCGGAAGCAAGCCCAGAAGCGGCAGAGGCAACGACAGCAACUGCAUCGAGCGAGGCUUAGCCACUCCCCUGUUUUUAGGGUUCUUCGCGAGAACCGUUUAUCAAUUCGUAAAAACAAAAAAUCUCUAUUUACAUGA